UAAAAAGACCCGUUAACGUCCUACGCACCACGGCACACGGCAGGCGUUGCCUCUUUGGGUGGACCUUAGGACUUUCAGGAGUGUCAUGAGGAGGGAAUUGGAUUCAAAUGGCUGAGUUGACUCAGGCCGAGGUUUACUCCCCGAGAACUCAGCAAGUAUGGAGGGCACUCUUGUGUUGGCUUGCCUCCCUCUUCCAGAUCUUCUUUCAGAUUAUUAGAGCCCUCGCUCACUACCCUUUACUCUCUUUUUCGUCGUCUUCAUCUUCUUCCCCUUCCUUCAAGCCUUUACCCUCAGUUGAGCUCCAGGAGCAGUAUGAUUUGCCGUUGGAUUCCGCCCUUUAUGCUGCAACUGAUUAUUCCGCCGCUGACGAUCAACCCCUUCAAAAACUCACGGUAGUGCUAGACUUGGAUGAAACACUUGUAUGUGCAUAUGAGACGUCAAGUUUGCCAGCUGCAGUUCGUGCUCAAGCAACUGAAGCUGGUUUAAAUUUGUUUGAGCUUGAAUGUGUAACACCAGACAAGGAUGGAGAAGGAAAACCGAAAAUCAAUUACGUGACAGUAUUUGAACGGCCCGGGUUGAAAGAAUUCUUGAAGCAACUUAGUGGAUUUGCUGACUUGGUGCUAUUUACUGCUGGUCUUGAAGGUUAUGCAAGACCACUUGUUGACAAAAUUGACAUGGAAAACUGGUUUAGUCUGCGACUUUAUCGGCCCUCAACAGUUAGCACGGAAUAUCGGGAACAUGUCAAAGAUCUAUCCUGCAUAACAAAUGAUCUAUGCCGUGUUGUUAUUGUUGACAACAAUCCCUUCAGCUUCUUGUUACAGCCACUGAAUGGAAUUCCUUGCAUUUCAUUUUCUGCUGGCCACCCCUACGACACACAGCUUCUGGAUGUCAUUCUUCCUCUUCUCAAGCAUCUCUCUGAGCAAAAAGAUGUGAGACCUGUCCUCUGCGAAAAGUUCCACAUGCCUGAAUGGUUUCAAAAGCAAGGCAUUCCAGCUUCCUGUUGGACAUCGUAGGACCAUAGCUGUUUGCAAUCAUUUAAAUUGCUUUUUUUUUUUUCCCCCCCCUUUGGAUUACAGUUAACUGUGUUGCUCCAGAAGUGGCCUCACAUUGGACGAACAGGUUUUGCGUAUAGCAUCAAUUUAUUUUUUGUGGGGUUCCACGGUUGUCUAAUGCUGCUUCUUGAAGCUGAAACAGCUGGCCACGUACGUAUUUAGGUUGCCAAGAUUGUGUUUCCCAUGUAACUUUGUUUAUAGGCUUGCGAUCUAUUGGAAUACAUCUUGUAACUCUGUUGUAUAAUAUUAUCAGAAAAAUAUUUUCUUAUUAUCUCA